AUUCCAGGACUGCGUCACUCGAGCGUAUAAGAGGAGGGCUCCUUGUUGCCGUCUUCACCACCGCCGAACAUCAGCUGCAAAAAGAUGGCUUCUGCGCUCCAAGUUGUCUUCCUCCUCUGCGGGAUCAGCGGACUGCUGGCUGUCGCCUCGGCUGAUGAUAAAAAAGAGUGCGGAUGCCCUAAGGAAUUCAUUCGGUUCCAGUCAUACUGCUACAAAUACAUACCGCUGAUGAAGGACUUCACACAAGCAGAGGAGAUCUGCCAGCAGCUGCACGGCAAUCUGGUGUCCAUCGAAGGCCCCGUGGAAAACGCGGUGGUUUUACAACUGAUUCGCGACAACAACGACGGUGCCGUCAUCGACACCUGGAUUGGAGCCCAUGAUGUUUUAGAGGCUGGCACCUAUUUGUGGACCGACGGGGCGAUUUUCGAUUUCAGUGGCUUUGAUGGCGCUCUUCCCAAUAGUGGCCUCUGUGUGGAGAUCGACAACGACAUGUUCUGGAACGACGACGACUGCACCGACUUCAAUUCGUUUAUUUGCGAGAGAGAUGUGUGCAUUUAGUCGGCCAGGUCGCCGUCAUAUCUUCCCUGACAACGUCUGUGCGUCCUCGCCAUGACGUGAAGAUAUGACCUUCUUUGUCCUCUGGGUGGCUGCUGGCCGCUGUCAAUCAAUCUUACUGGAACCUCCAAAUCUAUCUCUUUUAAUAAAGGAAGGAAACUAUCCAAGCAUGGAA